GUCUCAGAGUAGAAUGGGCUCCCUGGACAUGUGAUGGGUUCCUCUUCCUUUAAAGUCUUCCAGCAGAACCUGGAUGCCUACUUGUCAGCGCCCCCGGCCCCGGGGAGGGGUGCUAUAUGUCAAGGCAAGGCAGAUGGGGUGGCUGGUCGGGAGCAGCUGUUGGCUCAACAGAGAAUGCACAGCUUGAUCAACUCAGUGGAGGUGAAGUCGGAGGUUCCCGUGACUCUGGACCCCGUCACGCCCUUGGACUUGAGGACGGACCUCAGAAUGAUGAUGCCCAUGGUAGACCCUGUGCUGCGGGAGAAGCAGCUGCAGCAGGAGCUUCUUCUCAUCCAGCAGCAGCAGCACCUGCAGAAGCAGCUGCUCAUCGCAGAAUUCCAGAAGCAGCACGAGAACCUGACGAGGCAGCACCAGGCUCAACUACAGGAACACAUCAAGUUGCAACAGGAACUUCUGGCCAUAAAGCAGCAGCAGGAGCUUCUGGAGAAGGAGCAGAAGCUAGAGCAGCAGCAGCGGCAGGAGCAGGAGGUGGAGAGACACCGGCGGGAGCAGCAGCAGCAGCAGCAGCAGCUGCCCCCUCUCCGAGGCAAGGAGAGAGGCAGAGAACGAGCAGUGGCGAGUACAGAGGUGAAGCAGAAACUUCAGGAAUUCCUGCUGAGCAAGUCAGCCACCAAGGAUUCUCCCACUAACGGAAAGAACCAUUCCGUGAGCCGCCACCCCAAGCUCUGGUACACGGCGGCUCACCACACCUCCCUAGAUCAAAGCUCUCCACCCCUGAGUGGAACCUCACCAUCCUACAAAUACCCAUUACCUGGAGCACAAGACACAAAAGAUGACUUCCCACUUCGAAAAACUGCCUCAGAGCCCAACUUGAAGGUGCGAUCCCGAUUAAAACAGAAAGUGACAGAGAGGAGAAGCAGUCCUUUACUCAGGCGGAAGGAUGGAAAUGUUGUCACUUCAUUCAAGAAGCGAGUGUUUGAGGUGACAGAGUCAUCGGUCAGCAGCAGCUCUCCUGGAUCUGGCCCCAGCUCACCCAGCAAUGGACCUGCCACCAACAUGGCAGAAAGCAGUGAGACAUUGCUUGUACCCCCUGCUCCGCACCCAGAGCAAAUGGUUUCCCAGCAGCGUCUUCUGCUUCAUGAAGAGUCCAUGAAUCUUUUAAGCCUCUAUCCAUCCCCAUCUUUGCCCAACAUAACUCUGGGUCUCCCUGCUGUGCCACCGCAGCUCAGUGCUUCAUCUUCCAUCAAAGACAAACAGAAGUGCGAGGCCCCAGCACUGAGGCCGCCAGGAGUUACAUUGCCGGGGCAAUAUACGGGAAGCAUCCCAGCAUCCUCCGGUCAUCCGCAUGCUGCCCUAGAAGGCAAACCCAACAGCAGCCACCAGGCACUCCUGCAGCACUUGUUACUGAAGGAGCAGAUGAGGCAACAGAAGCUGCUUGUGGCUGGUGGGGUUCCCCUCCAUCCUCAGUCCCCGCUGGCAGCGAAGGAGAGAGUGUCACCUGGCCUUCGAGGGGCCCACAAAUUGCCUCGCCAUAGGCCCCUGAACCGUACCCAGUCUGCCCCUUUGCCUCAGAGCACAUUGGCCCAGCUGGUCAUUCAGCAGCAGCACCAGCAGUUCCUGGAGAAACAGAAACAGUACCAGCAGCAGGUCCACAUGAACAAAAUGCUUUCCAAGUCCAUUGAGCAACUGAAACAGCCAGGAAGCCAAUUGGAAGAAUCGGAAGAGGAGCUUCAUGGAGACCAGCCCAUGCAAGAAGACCGGGCUCCCUCCAGCACCAGCAGUGUUCGGAGUGACAGCAGCUUGGGCCCAGAUGACGGCCAACGGGGACCCCCCUUGGGGGCUGUGAAAAUAAAAGAGGAACCCCUGGACAGUGACGAUGAUACUCAGCCCCAGCAAAUGGAAUCUGGGGAGCAGGCUGCUUUGGUACAACAGCCGUUCCUGGAGCCUCAGCCUGGACACGCGCUCCCAGCGUACCCAGCUCAGCUGGCCACGGUUGGCACAGAAGCCUUUGACCAACACCUCCUUGUCUCCAGGAGCCGCUCUUCCCCUGCUGCUCCGAUGGUCCCUCACCCAGCCCCGGAUCAGAUGCUCCACCGCGUCUCUGAGACUGGUGUGGUGUAUGAUGCUCUGAUGCUGAAGCACCAAUGUGUCUGCGGCCGCUCCGCCCUUCAUCCUGAGCACGCUGGGAGGAUACAGAGCAUCUGGUCACGGCUGCAAGAAACAGGGCUCCUGAACAAGUGUGAGCGGAUCCAAGGUCGAAAAGCUUCUCUAGAAGAAUUACACCUGGUUCAUUCUGACCAUCAUUCUCUUCUCUAUGGCACUGACCCCUUGAGCAGACAGAAGCUGGACCCCAGGAUGCUCCGAGGGGACACAUCUCAGAAGGUCUUCUCCUUGCUGCCUUGUGGUGGAAUUGGGGUGGACAGUGACACCAUUUGGAAUGAGCUGCACUCAGCUGCUGCUGCACGCAUGGCUGUUGGCUGUGUCAUCGAGCUGGCUUCCAAAGUGGUCUCAGGAGAGCUGAAGAAUGGGUUUGCUGUUGUAAGGCCCCCAGGCCAUCAUGCUGAAGAAUCAACAGCCAUGGGGUUCUGCUUUUUUAAUUCGGUGGCAAUUACCGCCAAAUACUUGCGAGAGCAGCUCAAUGUAGGCAAGAUAUUGAUUGUAGACCUGGAUGUCCACCAUGGGAACGGUACCCAGCAGGCUUUUUACGCUGACCCCAGCAUCCUGUACAUUUCCCUCCAUCGAUAUGAUGAAGGCAACUUCUUUCCCGGCAGCGGAGCCCCAGAUGAGGUUGGAAGUGGCCUUGGAGAGGGAUAUAAUGUGAAUAUUGCCUGGACAGGUGGCCUCGACCCCCCCAUGGGAGAUGUGGAGUACCUUGCAGCAUUCAGAACUGUAGUGAUGCCGAUUGCCAGAGAAUUUGGUCCAGACAUAGUCCUUGUUUCUGCGGGAUUUGAUGCUGUGGAAGGCCACACCCCUCCACUGGGUGGGUACAAAGUAACAGCAAAAUGUUUCGGUAAUUUGACAAGGCAAUUGAUGCAGGUGGCUGAUGGACAUGUGGUGAUGGCUCUGGAGGGAGGACAUGAUCUCACUGCCAUCUGUGAUGCAUCAGAAGCCUGUGUGAAUGCCCUGCUAGAAAAUGAGCUGGAUCCUGUCUCAGAAGAUAUUCUGCACCAAACUCCAAAUAGAAAUGCCAUUGCUUCUCUACAAAAGACCACGGAAAUUCAAAGCAAGUACUGGAAGUCAGUAGAGAGGUAUUCAGGCUGUGCUCUGACUGGCACUCACGAACAAGAGCGAGAAGAAACAGAGACUGUUUCUGCCCUGGCUUCCCUGUCUGUGGAUGUGGACCAGUGCUUUUCUAAGGAAGACCGCAGACCUGCUGGCGAGCCCAUGGAUGAAGAUCCAGCCCUGUGAAGUGCCAAGUUCCCCCCCACCCCGGCCUUGUACUUUUUAAUGGGAAUGGAGAAGAAACAAGUGUCGGCAACCUCCUGUAAAUUAACUGAAGUUUGUGGAUUGCUGCUGCAUUACAGUAUAUUGGCAAGUCCAAGCCUCAGCCAUCCAACUCGUGGUGCAUUCCUAGAUGAAUCAUCCAUUUGCCUUGUGAAGGGGCAUGCAUUGGCUCAGAGUUGGGGUCUGUGCAAUUCAGGGGCAAGCAGAGAAACUCUGUGGAAGAUUAAUCAUGGUUGAAUGUGUUUCUGAGCCCAGAGCACCACUGUGUUUUAAUUAUGCCAUUAAAGGAAUGGUUGCCCCGAGGGAUGGAAUAGAGGCUUUUGGAGAAUAUCAACACUUCUGAAACACACCAGACAUGAUGGAGAGGCCAGUUUUACUUGCUGAUGUGUUCUUCACACAGUCAUAUCAUCAUUGUUAUUAUUAUUAAUAGUUUCCCAAAGGAGACCACUCUGAGCACUCUGUCUACAUAUAAACUUGUCUCCUCUUGUUUUAUCAAUAAUCUGCCUCAUUCUGAUGGACUCUACUGGAUAUAUGCAGGAAAAUGACUGUACACACACACACACACAUACACACACACACACACACACACACACACACACGCAUAUUAUAACAUGCCCACACUGGGAAGAAAAAAUGAAGCUUUCUAAAUCAGCAGAAAGGAGUUAGAGGAUAAAGCACUUAAUUUUUUAAUAAAAAGAUGCGUUAAAGUGCUCAGAUAAUGGGAGCAAGAAGAAAAGGUCUCCUAUUGUCAAAUACUUAAACAAAACCAACUUUCUCCAAAAAGUCUAGGCCUUUUCAAUAUGAAUCACAUCAAAGGGCAUAGUACAGACAAACGUACUUGAUGGGAAAAUUGUGUUUCUUUGUUCACAAUGGAGCUUGUGUGUAUGUGUGAGUGUGAAUUUAAAAUGAUAUGGUUCCUUCAAAGAUGAGAAAAAUAGUUUCAGAUGGAUAUUUUAGUGGAUUUGCAGCAAAUUAGAGGAGAAAAUGAGACCAUGCACUGAGCCAUAGUGAAUACAGAUUUAAAGCUAAAAGAGACCUUACAGGUUAUAUAGUCUAACCCUCCUUCCAUCUUUUUAGAGCAAGAAACUGAGGCCCAGAGGUCAAGGAAUAUGCACAAAGUCAUACAGGUAAGAAGAUGCAAAGCCAAGAUUCCACCCUAGGGCUGCUGACACCAAGUGGAGAUAUGCUGCUAGUGUUCCACCUGGCAGAUUUAUGUAAAGAAAUACAGAUCACACUUCUAAUAUUCAAGAGCUGAAAUCAAGCUCUCAUUUUUGUCUCUAUUCCACACGUAUAUUCUCAUUCACAUCUCUGUUAUAUCUAAGACAUAAUGAACUUCGGAUUUUACCUUCAUAUUAUCCAGUGCCUGGGAACUAGAGGGGAUUUGAGGAACUCAAAAAAUGCUAGUUUACUGAAUGAAUGGACUUGAAAUGAGGAUGCCUUUGGACAUGAAGAGCUCAGGGCCACAUGGAAGAUGUGCUCUUGCUAAGACCUUCUAACCACCUCCCUACAAGCAUGGCACUGCUUUCUUUCCAAAAGUCAAUCAUAGAGAUUUGUAAACUGACUUGGUUUCUUUACAGAAUCCAUAUGGAACCAGAAGCAAGAAUGCUCACAGAAAAAAAUCUCCUGGGGCAGAAUUUCUCUUAACGGGCCCUCUAGUACCUGUGGUUUAUCUAGCAUUGGUACUUAAGAAUUUUUUAGAAGUUCAUUGUAUAUUUCUUGCUGAUUUCCCCUUGAAAGUUUCCACUCAAGUUGUCAUUAUUUGAGCAAUAUUAGAUUUCAAAUAACUUCAAAUAAGAUCACCCAAAAGGUAACUAGUGGAAGGGGGAUUCUCUUCAAGAUCAGAAGUCAUCCUUCCAUAGACGGCCUUGUCGUCAUCCCAGAGAGCAUCAUAUCUCUUUACAUUCUUCUGCUGCCUAAAGAAUGAAAUCACUCAGCCCUGCAGAGAAUGUGGGUGAAAAGGGGGGGAGGGAAGCAAGGGGGGAACACACCUGUUGAAUAGUUUUCAUAGAGAAGGUAUUUUCAUAUCCCAAAGAAAUGGAAACCAGAUGAGCUGUCCUGCCUAUUUGAGAAAUGAAGGGCUUUCACUGUCGUCAUUAUCAUUAGUGUCAUCUUCAUCAGAUGACCAUGGAGCUCCCCUAGCGGACAAUGAUCCCUGAUGAGGGGAUCAUUCUUGUUUCCAUCCAUCUUUCUGAAGAAUGGUAUUGUCCCCAUCCUUGUCUUCACCUUUGUCUGCAAUACAAUAAAAUCAGCUGAUGGAGUGUCAGGCCCUGCGUUGGACGCUGGAGAUAAAAAGACAAAAAAGAAAUAGCCCCUGUCCUCAAGGAGCUUAAUUAUCUCCCAUUGACCAUAAUUGCUUAUCAAACUGGAAUGAAUGAAAAAUACUGAAAUGUAGUUCCCACCAGACCAGAGUUUACAAUUUCAGUGAUGUAAAGGUGAAGCAGGGCACUAUUCCCACUUAGUGAGACAGAAUGGGGACAGAGUCAAAAGACAGGGACCAGAGAUGGCUCCCGAGAUUUUACUGAGAUAGAGGAAGCUCAAAUUCGGACUCCCUCUACCAGUGUAGGAAGGUACAUCCUUGGCAAUUUAUAGUCUAAAAGAGUUGCCUAGAGUCUUGAGAAGUUAACUGGGACUUCUUCUGGGACCCAUUUAUUAAUAUCUAAUUGUAUAAGAGGUUUUGCUCUACAAAGUACAAAAAGAAAUACUUGAACUCACCAUUCUAGGAGCUGAAGAUGUAUGGUGUAAGACUACAUUAAUAGAUGCCUAUGUACAUAACAAACAACAGGUUAAAAUACUAAUGAAUGCACAAAUAGAAAGGGAGCUGACACGACAUUUAGAACAAGGGUCUUCAGAUUUUUAUUCAAAGCAUAUUACUAUGAAUAAAGAAGAGUAGAGAUUUGCAACAAGGGGAAUAUUUUUAAUUGAGACCACAGAUGGAUCUAUAGAGUACAUAUAGAUAUAUAUGUGGGAGAGACAGAGAAAGACAGAAACAGAGACAUACAGAUGACAGAUAGCAUGGCAUAGUAGUUAGAAACAAAGCUAGGAAGUUGUGUGCCGAAGAAAAUCAUUUAACAUUUUAGGGUUCUGGGCAAUUCUCUAAGCCUAUUAGUCUUAGAGAAAGUGACAACUUUUAUUGGUGGAAAGAUUUUCCUCAUCUGAGAGUACCCUGUAUAAGCUAAAUCACAGACCCUAUUCUCUAUCUUAAUCAAAGGGCAAAACAACUGUUAUUACUGUCAUAAUAACAUAGUGCCUGGCACAUAAUAGGUACUUAAUAAAUGUUUAUUGACAAAUAGUCAUGAUUCAAAGCUCUAGACCAGACUUGUCAAUCCGUAUGGCAAUGGGGUCUCUGGCUCAAUGGUCCAAUUAAAGCGUCUUCUCUCUUUAUCUGUUCACUCUCUGUUGCUGUAAUGAAGCCAUUUUGUUAUCUUUGGAACACCGUUGGAUUUGACCUUGGUUGGCUUGGUUAGUUACAGUAAUGAUCUGUUCUUGAGAAAAAAAAAUGCAUUUCCAAGCCUUUUCUGAACACUCUGCAGUCAUGAGCUUGUCCCAGAUGGGCAGAAUUAGUCUGGAAUCAAGGAUUGAUGCAUAUACAGUCAAAUUAAUAAGGCUGAACACACUUCUGUUUUAUUAUUCUUGUUUGUGAUACAUUUUUGUAUCUGUAGGCAUCCACUGCAAAAUCCACUGGUGUGCUCCCAAAUAUUGCUGAGAAUUGGUAUUUAGUGUGUAGAGUACCGUCAAAUAUGUCCUCUGCAUAGGGGAUUUUUAAAAAUUCUUUUUGUCCUGUAUUUUGUAUCAUCAUUU